AAUAAAACGAAACAAAUUAAAAAGACCGCUCGCGAGGUAGAGGAAAGAAAGACUUGAAUUGGCGUGUGAAAAACAAAAAUUGAAAAUUGUGUUUGUUUUUGUCGGCGCCGGCGUAAAUUUUCAGGCGCCAAAAAAGUCAGAAAACAAUAAAUAGAAGAUGGAAGAGGAAAUAAUGCCUGCGGCUACCACAAAUGGCAUGACAGCAGAUAAAGUUGAGGCGCUGCUAAACGAGAAGGAGGCGGAGGCCUGCAAAGCCGCAGAGGAGGAAGCACUUGAUGAUGAGGGCAACGCAAUGAUUCAAUACGACGGCCAGGCAGCAGCUGUGGAGGAGCAAGAGGAAGAGCACGAGAAGGAGGUGGAGGAGGAAAUGGGUGAAGCUGAAUAUCUAGAAGAUGAAAUGCCCGAUGAAGAGUGUGAGAGCGAGGGGGAACUAACAGCAGGAACAGAUGUUCAAACCGAUAAAGGCGCCACAGCAACAACAGUAUCACAGGAAACAACAGUCGAACGAAAAGAAGCAGAGGCAGACACAGAAACAGUGACGGAGGCAGAGGCCGAGGCAGAGGUAGACGCAGAAGCAGCAGGCAUACCAGCAGAAGGAGAGGCAGAGGCAGAAUCAGCAGUCGAGACGGAAGCUGAGACGGAGGCUGAUGAUAAGGAAGCCCCUGUUGACGAUGUUGGAGAAGAUGCUGAGGAUGAAGCUGAGCAAGAACCAGAAGAGCAAGAAACUGUUGAAGAUGAAGUUGUAGAAGAGCUGGUAGAAGAGGCGGAGGAAGCCGAAGAUGAGGGAGAGCUAAUCACAGGCGACGAUGCACAGGAAGAACAAAUGAAUCUCAGUGCGCGCUCUGGCGCUUUGGCUGAAGAAGUGGACGAGGUACAGUGUCGAGUCUGCACCAGCAAAGAUCAGCUAAUCAGUCUCUUUACGAAGACCAGUCAGGGGAGCGUGCCUGUUGACAUGCUGCUGCUCCUCUGUCCGAGUGUUUCCAUAGCGCUGAAGGACUUUAUGCCGCAGUUCAUAUGCAGCAGCUGCUUGCAAAGUCUCACCGUUGCCAUAAAGUUGCGCCAGCAACUGGAAAGUACCGAAAAAGAACUGCGCAAGCGUCUGUCGAGAAGCAAGAACAAAGUGCGCAGGCCGCGUGGCUAUGUGGUCAUCGAUGCGCCUGUCUCUGAUUCGGCCAGCGAGGAGGAUGAGGAGGAGCUGAACGACGAUGCCGAGUUCAAGGUCUCCGAUGUGGCGGGCUCCACCAGCGCCGACAGCGACUCGGCGGACACGGACAUUAGUGAAAAGCGAAGACCGGGCCGACGACGUGGUCGCAAGAAGGGCACCAAACGUUCGGCUGGUGCCAACAGUCAGGACGAGGAGCAUCAACGGAAGCGUAGCCUGCAAACCUCACCAGCUGCCAGCCAGGGACCUUUUGAGUGCGACCAAUGCGAUCUGAGUUUUCCCCGGAAGCAAUCCUAUGUGAUGCAUCGCAAGAUGCACGAUGCUCGGCACGAGUUCCACUGUCAGAUCUGCAAUAAGAAGUUCAAGGUGCGGGGCGCCUACAAGACCCACAUGGAACGCCAUGCAUCAGAGCGAGCCCAGUUCCGCUGCGAGUUGUGCGCCCAGGUGUUUCGACUUCGAGCUGAGCUGAAGCGUCACAUGGCACUCAGUCAUGAUGAGCACGGCAUCAUCUAUGAGUGCAAGCGAUGCCAGCUCACGUUCCUUACUCAAACGCGGCUGCAACGCCAUCAGAGCACCGAAUGCAAUCGUCACUCGGAGGGCAGGGUCAAGCGGCAAUCGACGGAAGGGCAGCCCAGCCAGGGAAGAGAUCUGUUCAAGUCUGUGGCACCUCUGACGACGACCUACUGGAGCGAUAGCUUCUCUGACUAGGCUACCACAGCUCCAGAUGCCUUCUUCAAUUUCAUCUAAAACUGUUCUAUACAAAUACAAGAUGUAUAUUCCGGACAAUUCUAACUGAAAUC